UGUUGGGUGGUGGGAUACGUCUCACCACAUGUAUAUAAGUGAAAUUUCGUCCACGCAAUCACGGAAGAAGUUACGUUAGUCUUUUUUGUGUUCUCAGAGACUCAUUGAUUCUAGCUACACCUUGACCAACACAUAAUCAUGGAUUCAAGCAAACCUGCUGACUGUUUUGAUGGGUUUUCAGGGGAAUUUAAAUCCUUCGCGACAGACGCAAUCCACGUGGGUCAAGAACCGGAGCAAUGGAAGUCUAUGGCCGUAGUGCCACCUAUUUCGUUGUCCACCACGUUUAAACAACAUGGACCUGGACAACAUUCUGGCUUUGAAUACAGUCGAAGUGGAAACCCCUCCCGGAACUGUCUGGAGAAAGCAGUGGCUGCUGUUGAUGGAGCCAGGCACUGUCUUUCAUUUGCAUCAGGACUAGCUGCCACAACAACAAUCACACACUUGUUGAAGGCUGGUGAUGGGAUCGUGUGCAUGAAUGAUGUAUACGGAGGAACAAAUCGGUAUUUCAGAAGAGUUGCUGCUCACCAGGGCCUGGAUAUAUCCUUUGCAGACUGCACACAGCAUGAUGUCCUAAAGACAGCUCUUAAACAAAACACAAAGUUGCUCUGGAUUGAAACUCCUACCAACCCCACCAUGAAAGUAGUAGACAUCAAGGCCUGCUCUGAGAUUGCUCAUGAACACAGCAAAGACAUUAUUGUAGUAGUGGACAACACUUUUAUGUCUGCUUACUUUCAGCGCCCCUUGGCUCUUGGAGCAGAUAUCUGCAUGUACUCCGCAACUAAGUACAUGAAUGGCCACAGUGAUGUUGUUAUGGGCCUGGUGUCAGUGAUACGAGAAGACCUGCAUGAACGGCUGAGAUUUUUACAGAAUGCCAUUGGUGCUGUGCCCUCCCCCUUCGACUGCUACCUGUGUAACCGAGGACUGAAGACACUGCACCUGCGGAUGAGGCAGCAUUUCAGGAAUGCCAUGGCUCUGGCCAAGUUCCUGGAGACUGACGAGAGGGUGGACAAAGUCAUUUUCCCAGGACUGCCCUCGCACCCGCAGUACGAGUUGACGAAGAGGCAGAGCACCGGCUGCCCCGGAAUGAUCACCUUCUAUAUCAAGGGGAAGCUGGAGAAUGCCUCUACCUUCCUCAGCAACUUGAAGUUGUUUGCCCUUGCAGAGAGUCUUGGAGGUUAUGAAAGCUUGGCGGAGCAUCCUGCGAUCAUGACCCAUGCCUCUGUUCCUGAGAACGAGAGGGCCAAACUAGGCAUCAGCGACACGCUCAUCCGUCUGUCCGUGGGGCUGGAGGAUGCGGAGGACAUUAUCGCCGACGUGGACCAGGCCCUGACUGCCGCUCAUGCACAGAAGAACUGAGCUCUGGAGAUUGUGGAUCGGCAAUGGCAUCGUACCACUGUAGGAGAAGCUCCUAUGACAGGUCCACACAAAUCCAAAGAGAAAUGGGCACCAUUCGCAUAAUCUGCACAUGCAACUAUUCAGGGAAAUUGGUCUUGAAACGCUGUGCCUUCCUGAAGUCACAGUUUUAAUGGAGUUACUCCGCUUUUGACAGGCCAUCAGGAAUACAUAGACUGUCUUUUCGCUAUUUUAGAUAUGAAUUUAGGCAAAGGGAAAGUUCCAGGGCAACAUUCGUAAUUCUGUUAUCUUAGUAUUUUCAGAUUUGAAUUGAAUGCAGGAAGUAUUUCAGUGGUCUGACUAGAUGCUUUUUAAACCGAUAACACUGGAUAUCUACCCAGCUUGUAUUGCUUUACAGCUGUACUUUACAUAUUUUUCUUAAAUCUACUUUUAAAUUUUUUUAUUUGUUUUAUUACAUCUCUCAAAAAAAUGGCCUCUUUGUUUUUGAAAGCUAUUACCAGUGCUCCUGGUAUAUUGCUUAAUUUGCCUGAGCAUGUGCUUUGCCUAGACAAAGCUGCCUCAUUGAAAUGUGUCAAAAUCCAUUUCACAACUGAUACAAAUCAACGUGCAUCAUUUUCUGAACUAAUGAGUGUGAAUGCUUUAAUGGCUAAUAGCAGCCUGUUGUUCCUGCACCAGUAAACUAGAAGAAUGUCUUGUAUUUAACUGAAUUAUCUGUAUGCUGAGACUCAUUAAAUUAAAAUGUGAAGAUGUA